CUUCGGUCAGCUUCGGAGUAUCGAGAAAGGGGGCAUGUGUCAGUUUGCCUUUGUCGACACUCCGAAACUCCACGAGCUCACGUACGCGUGAUCUGGCAUAGUGUGAGUAGUGCACCCGGUGCUCAAUCUAGCAUCACUGAUAAGGGGCAGUUUUCUCUGGGCACCGGUCUGUUGUCUGGUAGCGCAUAUGAUGUAUAAGAAUACGGUUUUCUUAACGCGUUAUACAAGUUUAAACUACAAAUUGUAAUUGUACCACGGUACGUCUCAAUUCGUAUAACGUAGAAAAGGUAAAUUUCAUGGGAAUCAAAGUAUUGUAUGUCUAAACCAUGGCGUGGUUCGGAAAUGUGAUACGCACAACAAUCAAUGCAUGGACUCCACAAGUAACAUCUGUACGAUUUCGCUAUCAUGCGGACAAGUUUAAAAAAGGCCCUCUGGUACGACGUUAUGGUUAUGUAGAUCCUAUUGAUACGAGAGGUCUUUUGCCUCGUAACAGCGAUGCAAAGCUUCCUAUGCCAAUAUAUAGGCCAACGAAUGCGUGGAAUGAAAAGAAAGCAUUGUUUGGUCAAAAUGAUUACAUAGACAUUUUAGGUUCUGAUAAUCUUCAUCCGACCAAAAUUUUAUACAAUGUACCUUCUUGGUUAAGAGGCGUAAAAGGCAACGAAUUUAUAGUAUUACUUAGGAAGCGUAAAAUGUUGCAACACGGUGUAUACCCGAUAGCGAGACCAACGAAAUGGAAGGAAUUGCAUAAAAGAAUAAAAUAUCUUUACAGGUUUUUAAAUCAGAAAACCAAAACAGGCAAAAGCAGUACAUAAUAAUGUAUAUCUACUUGUGUAAUAAAAUGUGAAAUUAAUUUCUAU